CAUGCGAUUUUUCUAGAGUGGGAGUAAUAACAAAUGCAUCAACCAAAUGGUAGAAGGUGCAUAGACGUAUAUAACCCUGGUGCAUGUUUCAGUUGCAGUCAUUUCUUACAGUAUGUUAGACGUGAAUGUUAUUAGAACGUUUAGAUUGAAAUUAGUGUAAAACUAUUCAAGUAAAUAAACAAACAUGCCACAAGGAAGAAGAAAAAUACCAUUUAGUGGCAAAGCUAAAAAGCAGCAAAUGCAAGCUAAGAAACAACGACAAAAUAAUGAUUUAUCACCUUCUGAUAAUCCAUACGAGAAUUUAAGAGAGGGUAGAAAGAAGACUGAAAUAGAGCAUACAAAUAUCAGAAGACAGAGAAAUAAUAAGACAGAUGAAUUCGAACAAACAUGUGAUUACCGUAAGAAAAAAUUAGAAACAUUGCAAAAGAUUGAAGAAGAGAGUAGAUCUACGAUUGAUAUGAUUUCUCUCAAACAACAAGAACUUCGGACCAUUUCGGAUUACUUUCCAUCUGAUGUAGACAUGCCCAAAAGACCAUUUUGGAAUUAUGAUAUGCAAAAAUCCGAAGUGGAAAAUAGAGAAGAGCAAUAUUUUCAUGAUUAUAAACAAUCUUUAAGAAAGGACGUCUACUAUUAUGAAACAAAUUUAGAAUUUUGGAGACAAUUGUGGAGAGUUAUAGAAAUGGCAGAUAUAUUAUUGGUCAUUGUCGAUAUUAGAUUUGCUCCUUUGAUGUUUCCACCAUAUUUAUACAACUAUAUAAAAGAAGAACUUGGAAAAGAUAUGAUUUUAAUUCUCAACAAAAUUGAUUUGGCGCCUCCUGCUUUAACAUUAGCUUGGAGAAAUUAUUUUUCUAAACUUUAUCCUGAAUUACAUAUAUUAAUGUUCACGUCGUUUCCAAAUAAUAAAUUGAAAAACAAUACAAAAGACCAAGGCACUAAGAAACUCUGUAAAAGAGAAAGAUUGAAGAUGGCAUCGGAAAAAGCGUUACAGCUAUUGAAAGAAUGCAAAACUAUUGUUGGAGAUAACGUUGAUUUGGGUUCUUGGAAUGCUAAAAUUGAAGAAGAGAUGCAUUCGGAAAUGGAUAUGGAAGAUAUAGACAGAAAGAAUGAUAUUGUCAUUGAAAAACAAGAUUUUAGUUAUGUAAAACAUGAAAAAUAUAAAAAUGGUAUAUUGACUAUUGGUUGCAUUGGUACACCAAAUGUUGGAAAAUCAUCUUUAAUAAAUUCAUUAAUAGGUAAAAAAGUAGUAAGCGUGUCUCGUACGCCUGGCCAUACAAAACAUUUUCAAACAAUCUUUUUAACCAAAACGGUUUGUCUUUGUGACUGUCCCGGUUUAGUAUUUCCAUCAUUGAUUUCUGGACCGCUUCAAAUUUUAAUGGGAUUAUAUCCAAUUGCUCAAGUCAGAGAUCCAUAUAGGAGUAUCAAACUCAUAGCGGAACGAAUAGAUUUACCCAAAAUAUUAAAUAUAAAACAUCAAUCAGAUUCGGAUACCUGGUCUGCCAUGGACAUAUGUGAUGGCUGGGCUGCUAAAAAAGAUUAUUACACUGCUAAAGCAGCGAGAUUUGACACUUAUAGAGCUGCGAAUUCAAUUUUACGGAUGUCAUUAGAAGGAAGAAUUCGUGUUUACAUUUAUCCUAAAAAUUGGUGUAGGAUCAAAGAAUAUUAUGAGAACCAGCAUAUUUUAAAUGAGACAACGAGGAAGAUGACAAAAAUGAAUCUGCAGGAAUGUAAAUCACAAGACCGUGCUACUAGUUCCUGCGUAAGAUCUUCCUUUUCCAAUGACGAAGAAGAGGAAGAAGAGGAUGAACAAAAUGAAAGGUCAAAAGAAGGAACAAGCGAAGAGGAAAGUAGGGAGGAGGAAGAAGAGGAAGACAAUUCUUCGGAACUAUUCAACAUAAAAUACGCUAAUAAUAAGUUCGACGUUUUACCUGUAGAUAUGUAAAUUUAAAUGAUAGAAAUGUACAAAUCUGUGUUAUCUAAAUACAGAAUGUUUUAUGUAAAAUA